AUGUUUGCAUUCUUCUCCAUCCGGCCUAGAGCCAUUGGGGCCUCCGGACUGUUGAAUCAGAUCCGAAAAGCAUCAUCUAAACGAUGGCAGGCCCGCCAGCAGAGGGAUCAAUUUACUAGAGAGGCAGCAGUGCAAGGCCUGAAAAGCAGAGCUGCGUUCAAGUUGUUACAGGUAGCCGUAAGCCGGACACAGCCAAAUGGUCGCGUGCUCGGCGUGGACAUUAUUCCUGCACAACCGCCAAAGGGCGUUUCCACCAUUCAAGGGAAUUUCCUUGCACCUGAAAUCCAGGAAUAUAUCCAAGAUUUCUUACGCAACCCGAAUCGGGGUCGACCCCGACAGCCUGGGGCCAUCGACGACGCCAGUCCUAGCCUGCUCGAGCCUGCCAGCAAUGCAGACCCCGGCGCAGCGCAAUCCGACGAUGAUAAGACCCGAGAAAUGACGGUGGAUGUGGUUCUCAGCGAUAUGUCUGCUCCCUGGUAUCAGACAUCCGGUUUCUGGAAACGAAGUCUAAGUAAUCCCUAUCACAGGAUGAUGAACACCAGCGGAAACACUUUCAGAGAUCACGCAGGGAGUAUGGACCUCUGUAAUGCUGCGUUACAGUUCAGCUCGAAGGUCCUGAAAGCAGGCGGGCAUUUUGUCUGUAAAUUCUACCAAGGAGCAGAAGAUAAAGAGUUGGAGAAGCAGCUCAAAGAUAUGUUUCAAAGGGUUCAUCGACUUAAGCCUGAAUCAUCACGCAGUGUACGCCUGGUCCGUGUCUCCCCAACUCCAUCGACUGUCAGCUAA